UCGGCGGAUCUAAUUCACUGCCUCUCUAUUUAUAUUUUCUUAUUUCCCCCCACACCGCCGCCAACACCCCACUAACUUUUCUGGUCAAACGGAGUCGCAGUGGAUCCCGGAUUCGCUCCGGAGGUGGGAGGAAUGAACCGGGACACGGGUACGUUGUUCUAAAUAGUUGUAUUUAUGUUCAGCGCUGUUCGGAGUUGGAUCGUGAGCGAGUCGCUGUGCUGAGAGAGAGCGAGAGAGGAAUAUCAUGGCCGCUCAGGUCGCUAGCGUCGCCACUCUCAACACUAGCCCGCCAUCCGAACUUAAAAAGCCGGACCGGGACCCACAGGAGGAGUCGGUACCGGGAGAGAAACAACAUGAAAAUAAGGAACCGGGAUCUGACAGCGGAUCUCCGGGCCAGAAGGAGCUACAGGACGGAACCGACGCUGGAAAUGCUGGGGGAGGAGGGGAUCCUGACAUGAAGAACGGCAACGGGAAUCUACCGAGGGUCAACAACAAUAGCAGCAACCAGAACGAUGCCGGAGGUGCCGAAGGGAAUAACCAUCCCGGAAUGGGACACCACCACCCCGGCCCCUUUCCUCCACCUCCCUACGGUUACAACCAGCACUACAGCCGGGCCCCUUUUCAUCAACAUGGCGGACAACAAAGCCCUGGCAUGGCAGCUGCAUCGGGGCCGGCAGUGCAACCAGGCAGUAUGAUGGACCCUUACCCUCCUAAUUCACACGAACACGGUUAUCCUAACCAUUACAACAACUACAGCCCAUUCCCGAACAGGACUUCUUAUCAGGGCCAAGGGUACGGGGCCAUGAAUUCCCCGCGUAACAACCAGCCUCCGGCGGCUGGGGGGCAGCCAGCAAAGCAGCAGCCAGCAGGAGGAACCGCUGCUAUGGCUGCCUCUUACAAUAAUCAAAGGUAUAACAUGGGAAACCAACAGCCCACGUCCACGCCGACUCUGAACCAGCUGCUGACCUCCCCCAGCUCGGCGAGGAGCUAUCAGAGUUACCCGCAAGGAGACUAUAACAAUCAAGAGGGGGCCAACAAGGGACCAGCAGAUAUGGGGAGCAGUCAGUACGGCGGGGGCCAUCCGAGUUGGCAACAAAGGAGCCACCAUCCUCCUCCUAUGAGCCCGGGAAACACUGGACAACCUCUGGGCAGAAACCAGCCCCCCAGCCCGAUGGAACAGGUGGGGAAGAUGCGCGGUCAGCCGUAUGGAGGGGCCAACCCCUACUCCCAGCAGCAGCAAGGGCCUCCCCCGGGACCCGGACCUCAACAGGGAGGCUCGUACCCUGGGCAGCCUUAUGGACCCCCAGGCCCUCAGAGGUACCCCAUGGCGAUUCAGGGCCGCACCCCCGGCAGCAUGGGUGGCAUGCAGUACGGACAGCAGCUGUCAGCUUAUGGACAACAGGGUCCAGGGAGCUACAGCCAGCAAAGUCAAGGCUACUACGGUCAACACGGUCCUCAACCUCACUCCGGACAGCAGCAGCAGCCCCCGUACCCUAGCCAGUCACAGGGCAGCUCUGGAGCCCCUUACCCCCAGCAGGGUCACCCAUCACAGCCUCCUAGUCAACACGGGCAGCCAGGACCCCCGUAUACACAAUCCCAAGGCCCCCAUGGUCCUCCUCAGGGUCAGCCUACCUAUGGCCAGCCCCCACAGUCCCAGCCAGGCCAGCCGCCCUACGGCCCUCCCCAGCAGCAGCCUCCCCAGCAGCAGCAGGGUCCAAGUUCCCAGAGCCAACAGGGCCAGCAGGGCUACCCUCAACCUCCAGGUUCUGGGCAGCCUCCGCAGCAGCCCCCACAACAGCAGCAACCGCAACAACAGCAGCAACAGCAACAGCCCUCACAACAACAACAACAACAACAACAACAACAACAACAGCAGCAGCAACAGCAGCAGCAACAACAACAACAACAGCAACAGCAGCAACAGGGAGGAGGUCCUCCUCCCCAAGGCCAGCAACCCCCAGGUCAUGGUCAGCAGGGACAGCCCUCUCCUUACUCUCAGACACCUCCUCUGCAACAGCAACAGCAGUCAUCCUAUCAGAGGUUCCCACCUCCUCCACAGGAGCUCUCCCAGGAUUCCUUUAGCUCCCAGUCCAGUGCUCCUCCUUCUAACCUGCCCAUGGCUUCCAGCAAGAGCAGCCAAGAAGACAGCAUGCAGGGCCGGCCUUCCAGUCUGCCGGACCUGUCCGGCUCCAUCGACGAUUUGCCCACAGGUACGGAGGGCGCGCUGAGUCCAGGGGUCAGCACCUCAGGGGUGUCCAGCAGUCAGGGAGAACAGAGCAACCCCGCCCAGUCCCCCUUCUCCCCACACACUUCGCCCCACCUGCCGGGAAUCCGCGGCCCUUCGCCCUCGCCCGUAGGCUCCCCCGCCAGUGUCACCCCCUCCCGCACGGGCCCUCUGUCUCCAGCUGCCGUGCCAGGUAAUCAGAUGCCUCCAAGACCACCGAGUGUUCAGUCGGACGGCAUCAUGCACUCUUCCAUGAACCAGUCAGCCAUGGGCCAGGACAGGGUGUAUAUGCGUAACCCUCAGAUGCCUCCCUAUGGGUCCCCUGGUCAGCCUGGCUCUGCCUUAUCGCCGCGACAGUCUUCAGGAGGCCAGAUGCAUGCUGGGAUGGGGCCCUAUCACCAGAACAACUCCAUGGGCAACUACGGGCCCCAGGGGGGGCAGUAUGGACCACAAGGUUACCCCAGACAGCCUGGUUACAGUGGGAUGCCCAACGCCAACUACCCAGGAGGCCCUGGCAUGGGCGGCUCUAUGAACCCCAUGCCCGGUCAAAGUGGUCCUCCAUAUGCAGGCAUACCUCCUGGCAGAUUAGGCCCGGGUCAGAUGGGUGCACGGCCCUACGGUCCUGGGAUGGGCCCCAACAUGGCCGGCAUGCCUCCUCAGGUGGCAUCUGGGAUGUGCCCUCCUCCAGGCAUGAACAGAAAGGAAGGUGCCCCCCCCAUGCACCAUGGACCCUCCAACUCCAUACACAACAGACCACCAGGUUACCCUAACAUGUCCCAGGGCAUGAUGGGAACAGGUGCUCCGUAUGGCCCUAGCAUGAACAGCAUGCAGGGAAUGAUGAACCAGGGAGGGCCAGGGCCAUUCCCCAUGGGCGCUAACAUGCCCAACAACACCCCUGGAAUGGUGCCCAGUCCAGAGUUUGGCCUGGAAAAAAUGAACCCUGCCCAGAAGAUGAACAACAAAGUAGAGGGGACUCCCAAACCUGAGUCCAAAAAGAAGUCAAGCUCCUCCACCAUCACCAAUGAGAAAAUCACUCGUUUGUAUGAGCUGGGCCCGGAGCCGGAGAGGAAGAUGUGGGUGGACCGCUACCUAGCAUUCGCUGAGGAGAAAGCCAUGGGCAUGAACAAUCUUCCUGCUGUGGGUCGCAAGCCCCUUGACCUCUUUAGGCUCUAUAUAUCCGUUAAAGAAAUUGGAGGACUAACCCAGGUGAAUAAGAACAAGAAGUGGAGGGAGCUAGCCACCAACCUGAACGUGGGCACGUCCAGCAGUGCGGCCAGCUCACUGAAGAAGCAGUACAUCCAGUGCUUGUAUGCCUUCGAGUGUAAGAUUGAACGUGGCGAGGACCCGCCCCCAGAUUUCUUCAACACCGACACCAAAAAGACCCAGGCCAAGAUCCAGCCGCCAAGCCCAGCCGGUUCUGGAUCUCUCCAAGGGCCCCAGACGCCCCAGUCCACCAGUAGUUCCAUGGCAGAGGGGGGUGACCUGAAGCCCCCCACCCCGGCUUCAACCCCCCAUACCCAGAUGCCACCGAUGCCUGGUGUCAGGAGUAACGUGAAUCUGCAGGACCCUUUUGCUGAUGGCGGAGACCCCGCUUUUGCCAGGAGGAACGCCAUGACUCCCAACUCUCAGAGCUACCAGCCGGGGUUGGGUGGGCCGGAGAUGAUGGGUCGCAUGGCUCCCUACGAGCCAAACAAGGACCCCUUCGGUGGCAUGAGGAAAGCUGGAGAACAGUUUAUGACACCAGGCCCAGGCCCUAACAGCGGAAUGGGAGAACAGUACAACAGAGGUCCACCAGGUCCUAUGGGAAACUUGCAAAUGGGUCAAAGGCAGCAGUACCCCUACGGACCCGGAUAUGACAGGAGACAGGAGCCAGGCAUAGGCCCUGAUGGCAGCAUUGGACCUGGAGGGCCUCAGCCCAGCCUUAUGCCUUCUGGAGCCGACACAGGGAUGUACUCACCCAGCCGCCCUCCACAGCAACAAAGGCAUGACUCUUAUACUAAUCAGUACCCUGGCCAAGGAGCUCCCCCUGGUGGGCCAUACCCAAAUCAGCAGCCAGGAAUGUAUCCACAGCAACAACCGAACUACAAGCGGCCUGUAGAUGGAGGCUAUGGCCCUCCUGCCAAGCGUCAUGAGGGAGAAAUAUACAACGUCCCCUACAGCGGUCAGCAACAGCCAGGCCCCCAACCCUCAGGGCCCCAGGGCCAACAGGACAUAUACAACCAGUACAACACCUACCCUGGAGGGGAACGCAGACCUCCAGGUCCACAGAACCAGUUUCCUUUCCCAUUUGGCAGAGACCGGGGGCCGGCCUCUGCAGGGCCCAACUCCCAGUCCCCCAUGCCUCCUCAGAUGAUGGGAAGUCCAAUGCCAUCAGGUCCUGAUGGCCCCCAGGGCCCAAUGUGGCAGGGCCGCAAUGAGAUGGGUUACCCUAAUUACCCAAACCGACAGGGACCGCCAGUGCCAGGCCAGGGCCCCGGUUUCCACGGAAUGAACCGCUCAGAGGAGAUGAUUCCAUCAGAUCAGCGCAUUAAUCAUGAAGGUCAGUGGCCUGGACAUGUCAACCAGCGGCAGCCUCCUUAUGGGCCAGGUGGCUCUGGGCCACCCAUGUCCAGACCCCUGCCGUCCAACUAUCAGGCCUCUCAGAACCACAUAACGCAGGUGUCGAGCCCAGCGCCAAUGCCGAGACCCAUGGAGAGUAGGACGUCACCAAGCAAGUCCCUUUACAUGCAUUCAGGUAUCAAGAUGCAGAAAGCUGGACCUCCUGUGCCAGCCUCACACAUUGGCCAGGCCCCUGUGCAGCCACCCCUGAUCAGGAGGGAUGUAGCCUUCCCACCUGGCUCUGUGGAGGCCAGUCAACCCCACCUCAAGCCCCGUCGGCGGCUCACCAUGAAAGACAUUGGCACGCCUGAGGCUUGGCGAGUAAUGAUGUCCCUAAAGUCAGGCCUACUAGCUGAAAGCACUUGGGCCUUGGACACCAUUAAUAUUCUACUGUAUGAUGACAACAGCAUUUCUACUUUUAACCUUUGCCAGCUGCCUGGAUUCCUGGAACUGGUGGUGGAGUACUUCAGACGCUGCCUUAUCGAGAUCUUUGGCAUUCUGAAGGAAUACGAGGUAGGAGACGCCGGCCAGCGCACCCUCAUAGACCCCAAUGCUGUUGAUGAGGACAGCUCUGACGAAGAGAUUCCAAUACCUGAGGUAGAGGACAUGGACACAGAUGAGGAGGAUCUUGAAGAGGAAGAAGAGGAGGAGAAGGUCACUCCAGACCCAUCCUGGCUAGUUUCGGUGAAACAGGAGGAGGAGAGCUCGCAGAAAGACAAGCCUUCAGAAGAGGAGGAGACAGAGCCGGGUAUCUCCACCGCAGGCCUGGCCCAGGAGUCCAGUACCCCCUCUGAGAAAUGUAAGCAGGGCAGCAAGUUUGAUAAACUCCCCAUUAAGGUUGUACGGAAGAAGAACCCCUUCCUGGGGAACUGUUCCUCCAAGUUUGGUCGGCGGCAGAGCUUUGACAGCGGCCUGAUACACUGGAGCAUCGGUGGUGGGGACACCACAGAACACAUCCAGACACACUUUGAGAGUCGGAUGGACCUUCUCAAACAGCGGAAACGAAUGCCUGUAAUUGCUGAGAGCCGGAGGAAGGUCCCAGUGCCUGAGAUGGCGACAGAAGCCCCGGAAAAGGCUGAGGCAAAUGGGGAGAGCAAGCAGUCCCAGACCUCUGAACCUCAAAAGUCCACCUCAGAGAAGAGUGAGAAGGCUCUCCCUCCUCUUCCUGUUGGCAUGCCGGUCACCGCCACGAUUGACGAUGUGCUGUCGGCUCGCCCGGGAUCCGUUACCGAGGAGGUGGUCCGUGGUGGUGCUGCGGAGCAGAAGGAGAACGGCAAGUACCUGUUCAGCAUUAACCCUGACCUGCAGAGCCGCCGCAAUGUCAAGAUCCUGGAGGAUGAACCGCACAGCAAGGACGAGACGCCCCUCAGCACGCUGUCGGAUUGGCAGGACUCGCUAGCCCGCCGCUGCAUCUGUGUCUCCAACAUUGUCCGCAGCCUCUCCUUUAUCCCCGGGAAUGACCUGGAGAUGUCCAAGCACCCAGGCCUCCUCUUGUUACUGGGCCGCCUGGUGCUGCUCCACCACAGGCACCCAGAACGCAAACAGGCGCCUGUCACCUAUGAGAAGGAGGAAGAGGAAGAUGAGGGUGUGAGCUGUGAGAGAGACGAGUGGUGGUGGGACUGCCUGGAGGUGUUGAGGGAGAAUUGCCUGGUCACUCUGGCUAACAUCUCGGGCCAGCUCGACCUUUCUAUCUACCCUGAGAGUAUAUGCCUACCCCUGCUGGAUGGCCUGCUCCACUGGGCUGUCUGCCCCUCGGCAGAAGCCCUCGACCCCUUUCCCACAGUGGGACCCCAUGGGUCACUUUCCCCCCAGAGACUGGUCCUUGAGACCCUCAGCAAGCUCAGCAUCCAGGACAACAACGUGGACCUCAUUCUGGCAACGCCACCUUUCAGCCGCCUGGAGAAGCUCUACGGCUCCCUGGUGCGUCUGGUAGGUGAGCGCAAGGUAGCCGUCUGCCGGGAAAUGGCAGUAGUUCUGCUGGCCAACCUGGCACAGGGCGACAGCCUAGCAGCCAGGGCCAUCGCGGUGCAGAAGGGCAGCGUUGGCAAUCUCCUGGGCUUCCUGGAAGAUAGCCUAGCUGCCACACAGUACCAGCAAAGCCAGAGCUCCCUGCUCCACAUGCAGGGCCCACCCCACUUUGAGCCCACUAGCGUGGACAUGAUGCGGCGUGCGGCCCGGGCCCUGCACGCCCUGGCUAAAGUGGAGGAAAACCACUCAGAGUUCACUUUGUACGAGUCACGGCUACUGGACAUCUCGGUGUCCCCCCUUAUGAACUCUCUGGUGUCCCAUGUGAUCUGUGAUGUACUGUUUUUGAUUGGCCAGUCGUGACAGCCGUGGGAGGUUUCAGCUCCGCCUCUUUUCCGUACCCCCUUCUCCCCUUUUUUGUGUGUCUGUUGUGUGUGAGUGUAGAGAACUAAGAGCAAAACUGACUGUCCUUUUUUUAAUUUAUGCAAAUUCACCUCGGAUUCCACUGUCUUUCUACCCCUGCUUCUCACUAAAGGAAGGAAUAUCAUGAAGUAGCUGUGGAUUUUAAGUCUGAAAUAGAAAGAUACUAGCAAGAAGAGCGGAUUGGGACCCAGGCCUAGGAGAGAGUGUGCUGCCCUGCGGAAAAGAACAUUUUUUUUUAAUGAAAAGAAAAAUCUUCAGGAAAAAAAAAAGAAAAAAAAAAAGAAAAACAAACUGUAACCAAAGUUGCUGUCUCGUUUACAGUUAGUUUGGUCAUAUAUGUGCCCGGUUUCUUCCUCGGGGGUUGGCAGGGGGAAUAAGGCAUGGACAAAACAAUAUUUUGGUUCAUGUUUGGAGGCUAAAUAGACUCAUGGACUCUGGUGUGGUAUAAUUGCUGUAACUUGGAUUCUAUAUACUCAGCCCCACAGGAACCACAUUAUUGGCUGUGAACAGACAUCUGUCAUGGGAGGCCUGUGCAGUAGAUUGUAGGACUUUUUUCUGUACUGUACACCUUAAAAACUGUAAACAUACUGUAAUAAUACUGUUUCACACUGAGAUACGCUGGCUUGGCAGCAAACUGUAGUUUUUAAAACCAAUUUUAGUUAAUGUUGAGAGAGAAAGCGGCUUUCCCCCCAAAGUAUCGUGAACCUACAACACCCCGACCUCUUCUCUUUGUCCCUUGAUUGUAUGACUUGACCCUUAAGAAAGAAGUCACCUCUUAGGACUGGUCCUCGACUCUAGAUGCAGUCCAAGCUGCAAGUGUAUAUAUGAUGUUGUAAAUGACACUUCUUUCUCUCUUUCUCACCUUCCGUUGCUCUUCACCAUUUUUAAUAAUCUUCGGUAAAAUGAAAAGGUUACACUCAAGUGAAAUCCCCCGCAUCAGAAAGUAUACCAUAGUGAUGAUUACUUGACUGCCCCCUGACCCUUGGCUCCCCUCCGGCACCUCACCCUGUUUUGUUUCGCGCUAAAGGGGUGUGCAGCUGCUGCUGUCCCGUGCAAACCCCCAACACGGAUCCACCGUCAGUCUGUUUCCAGUCCAGAUGUAGAGAAUAUAACAAAAAUCAUGUCUCCGGUUCUGUUCGACGAGCUCCUUCAAAAACAACAAACUAGACUUUGAUGAAGAAACCAUUUGAAUUUUUUUUUUUUUUUCAGUGAUGCGAAUUCUGCAUAUUUGUAUUUCAGACAAUGUAGCUAAAAUCUUGAUGUAAAUUCCUUUUUUUUUUUUUUCCUUUUUUGGCUUAAUGAAUAUCAUUUAUUCAGUAUGAAAUCUUUAUACUAUAUGUUCCACGUGUUAAGAAUAAAUGUACAUUA